AUGGAGAUUGGAAGUGGGUACCACAGCUUUGAACACUCUAAAAUUAAAAUGCGGAGAAACAGGACAUACCAUGAGCCGUUCACUAAGCCUGCCAGGAACCAUUCUUAUGCAAAGGACCCUAACAGUCCUGGAUCUUCAUUUCCUGCAGGAUCGCCGCCUUGGGGUGAGGGGGACUGGCCCUCCGCAACUAUUGGAACCAAAAGAAGAAAUGGCCGAAGGACCUCUGCUAAAACUGAUUUCUCUCUUUAA